AUGGUUCCAAAGAAAAAAGAAGCAAGUGGGGUCGGAAAUGGGAAUGGGAAUGGCUUCGCUCCCUCCCUCCUUAUUUUCUUUUCUUUCUUCAACGGAAAUGGGAAUGGCUUCGCUUCUUCUCUCCUGAAAGGGGAAUCUUGUAGCUUUUUGUUCUUCUUCCACAUAAUUUUGAGUUGUCAGCAUGGGUUUUGUUCAAACGAGAUCCAACUGGCAUUAUUUCGUUCUAGGUUAUGCGAAUUGACAUCUGGUGCGGAUAGUCUCCGUCUAAGACCGCUGGUUGACCUCACAAGCUGUGCACUUGCCCGCAUGAUAGAAGGAACAUCUCCUGAAGAAAUACGUCACACUUUUCAUCUCCCUGAUGAUCUUACAGAGGAAAGAUGUAGUCUCUCUGAUGUUGAAAUUGGCACCGCACCUCUAUUUCCUAAUCUUGAUUUAAGAGCUGCAGUUGUAGUUGUUAAACGUGAGGAUGAUCGAAGGCUCUUUCACAAUGAUACAAUGAGAAAACAAAGAAGACAAGUCAGUGACAGAUGGUUCAUAGGAUCAAGACUUGUCAUUGUUGAUAGCUUUACAGGGUUAAUGAAAGCGAAUAACUCUCGAGUUAGAAGUGGAAAAGAAAGCUCAAGCCGAAAGAGAUAAGAUGCUGAAAAUGCAAGUGUUGUAUUCUUCAUUUCAAUUGUUAGUAUGAAACAUAGAGUAGAUUAGAUGAAUG